ACGAAACGUCAAAUGACUUGAGUUUUGUGUUUCAGUGAAAUUGAGAUUGAUAUAAUUUUUAAAUUAAAAUGCCUGCUGGAACGUCUACCAUGGACCCUUUGAGGGAGAAGGGGUUUCAGGACUACAGAAAGAAGUUGAUGGAACACAAAGAAGUAGAAUCCAGACUCAAGGAUAUGAGAGAACAGUUAAAAGACUUAACUAAACAGUAUGAUAAGAGUGAAAACGACCUAAAAGCCCUACAGAGCGUUGGUCAAAUUGUAGGAGAAGUACUGAAACAGCUGACUGAAGAAAAGUUCAUCGUGAAAGCAACUAACGGUCCGCGCUAUGUUGUCGGCUGCCGGCGUCAAUUGGACAAGAACAAGCUUAAGGGAGGCACCCGUGUAGCUUUGGAUAUGACCACACUGACCAUUAUGAGGCAUUUGCCAAGAGAGGUUGACCCUCUGGUGUACAACAUGAGUCACGAGGACCCUGGAGACGUCACAUACUCUGCCAUAGGAGGUCUGCAGGAACAGAUCCGGCAGCUGCGAGAGGUGAUUGAGCUGCCACUGAUGAACCCGGAGCUGUUUGUUCGAGUCGGUAUCACUCCGCCGAAAGGCUGUCUGCUGUACGGACCUCCUGGCACGGGCAAGACUCUGCUGGCCAGAGCUGUGGCUUCACAACUCGAUGCUAACUUCUUAAAAGUGGUAUCAUCGGCCAUCGUGGACAAAUAUAUCGGCGAGUCUGCGCGUCUGAUCCGCGAGAUGUUCAACUACGCGCGCGACCAUCAACCUUGCAUCAUCUUCAUGGACGAAAUUGACGCUAUUGGCGGCCGUCGUUUUUCCGAAGGCACCAGCGCCGAUCGCGAGAUCCAACGUACUCUGAUGGAACUCCUGAACCAGAUGGACGGGUUCGACUCCUUGGGGCAGGUGAAGAUCAUCAUGGCCACCAACCGCCCUGAUACCCUGGACCCUGCGCUGCUGAGACCAGGGAGACUGGACAGGAAGAUUGAGAUUCCUCUGCCGAAUGAGCAGGCCAGGCUCGAGAUUCUCAAAAUCCACGCGCUACCGAUCGCUAAGCACGGAGAAAUGGACUACGAGGCCGUCGUCAAGUUGUCCGACACCUUCAACGGCGCUGAUCUCCGUAACGUUUGCACUGAGGCUGGCCUCUUCGCUAUUAGGGCUGAGAGGGAAUAUAUCAUUCAGGAGGAUCUGAUGAAGGCGGUCCGCAAGGUGGCAGACAACAAGAAACUUGAGAGCAAGUUGGACUACAAGCCCGUUUAAACUUAUUUUCUAUUCUAACACUAUAUACUAUGUAUUUACUCUAAUAAACGUCUAGAAAUUUUA